GUGUGACUCACCACCAUAGUGCUACACCAUGGGCAUUCCAGGAGUGAAGUUGUCACACCUCAUACAUGCUGUCACCAGGGGCGGACUGACAACUCAUGGGGCCCCUGGGCAAUAGGAUAUCAUGGGGCCCCUGUGUCCUUGCCCAAACUCAAAAAAAAAACUAUGAAAAAGGUACCAGAGGCAUCUCAUGGGGCCCCCUACUGACCCUGAGCCCUCGGCCAGUGCCCGAGUUUCCAAAUGGUCAGUCCGCCCCUGGC